CGAGUGUAUCCGGAAACACCCGAGCGGACCCGGAAGGAGCAGCGGGCUGCAGCCUGGGAGUGCGAAACCAGGGUUUGAGCUCUGGCAAUGGCGGCGGCAGCGGCAACUGCAACUACGAGCGAGAACGGGCAGCGGCAGCCACCGGCUGAACCAAACCCAACAAUGAGGGGCGAUAGUUUGGAGGCAGAGGCUGGAGAGCUGGGGAGGCUGAAAGCCCAGCUCGGGGCAGCCCUGGCAGAGAUGGAGAACAUGAAAGCCGUGGCAGAAGUGAGUGAGAGCACCAAGGCCGAGGCUGUGGCGGAGGUGCAGAGACAGUGCCGGGAAGAGGUUGCAUCCCUGCAGACCAUCCUCAAAGAUUCCAUUAGUAGCUAUGAGGCUCGAAUCUCUUCUCUGGAGCAAGAGCGGAAACAGCAGCUGCAAGAUCAGGAGGCAAGAGAGAGGGAGCUGAGCCGGCUGAAGCAGCUUCUUUCUCGUUCUCACCCUCUGGACUCCUUGGAAAAGCAAAUGGAAAAGGCUCAUGAGGAUUCAGAGAAACUUCGGGAGAUCGUGCUGCCCAUGGAGCAGGAGAUUGCCGAACUGAAGGGGAAGCUGCUGAGGGCAGAGGAACUGAUCCAGGAAAUCCAGGGCGGCCAGGGCCGUGCCCAUCCCCAGCACUCUCUGCAUGGCUCCACAGAGCUGCUCCCUCUGCCCCGGAACCCCUCCCCACCCCUGGAGCCUCCCGAAGAUCUGGCUGUAGAUGGGGGAGCCGCCGCUGAGGUCUUUGCCCGGAACUGUGAUGACAGCGCCUCCAUAUCUUCCUUCUCGCUGAGAGCUGGCAGCAGUGCCUCGCUGCCCCGAGGGCGGCGGGGAAUGAGCCCCGAGCAGGAGGAGACCGCCUCUCUCGUCUCCACCGGGACCCUGGUUCAAGGCAUCUACCUGCCGCCCCCCGGCUACCAGCUAGUGUCAGAGCACCAAUGGGAGCAGCUGCAGCUUGAGGGGCGGCAGCAGCAGGAGUCACUGCAGCAGCUUCAGAGGCAGCUGGAGAGUGCUGGGCGGGAGCGCGACGAGCUUCAGGAGGCCCUGAGGCGGAGCAGCGAAGACUGCGCCAAGCAGGUGCAGGUCCUGCUGGCGCAGGUGCAGAACUCGGAGCAGCUUCUGCAGACCUUGCAGGGGACGGUGAGCCAGGCUCAGGAGAGGGCCCAGCAGCAGAUGGCGGAAUUGGCUGCCUCUCACAAGCGUGUCUGCUAUGAAAUAAAGCGGCUAAACGAGGAAAACCAAGGCCUUCGGUGCCGGCAACCCUUGCCUUUAGGCCCCCAAGUUCAGGAGCAAGAACGUGGAGAGGAGGAGCUGCUGCUGCCCACAUCUCCCCUGGAGCUACAGCAGCUGCUGCGGAGCACCCGGCAGGAGGCCCGGGAAUGUCAGCGUGCCCAGGAGCACGAAGCCGAGCGACUCCGCAUCGAAAUUGUGACCCUGAGAGAGGCUUUGGAAGAGGAGACGGCCUCGAGGGCUGCUCUGGAGAGGGAGCUGAGAGUGCAGCGAGAGGAAACGGAGGUUUUAGAGGCCUCCCUGUGUAGCCUAAGGACAGAGAUGGAACGGAUCCAGCAGGAGCAGAGCAAGGCUCAGCUCACAAACGUUCUCUCAGAACAAAGGGCAAAGGUGUUACGGCUUCAGGCUGAGCUGGAGACAAGUGAACAAGUACAGAGGGACUUUGUUCGGCUGUCCCAGGCCCUGCAGGUGCGCCUGGAGAGGAUCCGCCAGGCAGAGACCCUGGACCAAGUGCGAAACAUUGUGGACGAGACCCCCCUUAGAGAUGUGAAGGACAUAAAGGACACCUGAACACAGCAGGAGGCCAGGCUUCAAAACCUGCCAUCUCCCCUUCCUCCCACUUGUCUCUGGGGAAGGAACCUGCCUUCUUAGACUCCAGUAAAAUCAAGGAUUUCUGGGGUUUGGGGAUGAUGAAACAUAGCCUUCUAGCCCCUCAGGAAAACUCUUUCCCCUUCCUCUGAGCCAGCGGUGGAGGGGCUCAACAUGUCCCAUCUAGAUUCCCUCCCUCCCAUAGCAGGUAAACUGGGCCUUUCUGCUCUCAGGGAUGACAGCCGGGAGAGGGUUGUGACCCCUCCUUCCCCAGCCAAAGGCGCAAGAGCAUGUUUUUGAAGCUCUAGGGCCCCCCACCCAUACUGCCCUUCAGCCAAUACUGACACUAAUUCAGCUUCUGAACCAUUUGGUCCCAUGGACCGCCUUCCCAUCUUUGUUACAGCAGCCCUUCCCUCUUCCCAGUCCCCUCUGCAGUGCCCUGGGGCUAACAGGGAAACCUCAGCACAUGUGUAGGAUGCUCCCUGGCCACAUCUGCUUUCAUGUGCGUGUGACACGAAUGUGCUUUCAGGAGGGGUCAUAUAUGACUUAACCAGACUUGCUUUUGUUCUCACACAUGGAGGUCCAGGCCAGAGUUUGCUCUCAUUUAAUGUCAAUAAAUUAGCAGCUCAGA